UAUAAAAUCAAGCACCCAGGCAUGCAGACUGCUUCUAAAAACAUUUGUGAAAGAAUGGGUCGCUCUCAGGAGCUCAGUGAAUUCAAGCGUCGUACCGUGAUAGGUUGCCACCUGUGCAAUAAGUCCAUAUGUGAAAUUUCCUUGCUACUAAAUAUUCCACGGUCAACUGUUAGUGGUAUUAUAACAAAGUGGAAGCAACUUGGAACAACAACAACUCAGCCACCAAAUAGUAGGCCACGUAAAAUGACAGAGCGGGGUCAAUGCAUGCUGAAGUUCACAGUGCGCAGAAGUCGUCCACUGUCUUCAAAGUCAAUAGCUAAAGGCCUCCAAACUUCAUGUGACCUUCAGAUUAGCACAACAACAGUGAGCAGAGAUCUUCAUGGAAUGGGUUUCCAUGGCUAA